AUGGGUCUAAAACUGAGCAACUUUGUUAUAGCUGCUUUACUCCUAUUGGUGUCAUCCAAUAUAGCAAACGCCCAAAUUGUCCUCUUUGACGUGACAGAGAAUGGCACAAUAUUGCCCCAAUCCGAUAUCACUGAUGCUUUGUUGAAAGCUUGGAACAAUGCAUGCGCAUCAACGAUUCCAAGUAAAGUGGUGGUACCAAAAGGAAUAUUCAAAUUAAGUGGAGCAACACUGGAGGGGCCUUGCAACGCACCAAUCGAGUUCGAUCUUCAAGGCAUCUUACAGGCUCCACCAGAAGACGGAAACUUCACAGGCGGUGAUACGUGGGUCGCUUUCGAGUACGUCGACCUUCUCACCAUCUCCGGCGGAGGAAUCUUUGACGGUCAAGGCAAGCCUACUUGGGGUAAAGAUUGCGCCAACGAUGAGUAUUGCGGCGACCUUCCUAUUAAUAUCAGAUUCAACUACGUCACAAAUUCCAUAAUUCAAGAAAUCACAUCGCUAGACAGCAAGCAGUUCCACAUCAACGUAUUGGGGUGCCAAAAUGUCACGUUUCAACAUGUGAAAAUCAUCGCCGCCGAAAAUAGUCCCCACACUGAUGGAAUCCACAUCGGUCGUUCAACCGAUAUCAAAGUCCUCGACUCAAACAUCCAGACCGGAGACGACUGCAUCUCGCUUGGCGACGGCAGCAAACAGAUAACGAUCGCCAAGGUCACAUGCGGACCUGGACACGGUAUCAGCAUAGGAAGUCUCGGAAAGUACUUGAAUGAAGAGGCCGUGAAAGGCGUGGACGUCAAAAGCUGCACUCUUAAGAACACGCAAAACGGAGUCAGAAUCAAGACGUGGCCCGAUUCGCAGGAGGGAAAGGCAUCGGACCUGCACUUUGAGGACAUAAUAAUGGAGAAUGUGGGAAAUCCGGUGAUGAUUGACCAAGAGUACUGCCCGUGGAAUCAGUGCGUGUCGCAACUUCCUUCUAGGGUUCAGAUCAGCGGCGUCAGAUUCAAGAACAUUCGGGGAACUUCUUCGACUGCGCUCGCCGUGAAGCUUGUUUGCAGCGGCGGGCUUCCGUGUCAGGAUGUUGAGAUGACUGACAUUGAUCUCAAGUAUAGUGGAGAUGAAGGACAAAUCACUUCAGAGUGCAAGAAUGUGAAGCCCACAGUGUCCGGCAUACAAAACCCUCCUGCGUGUGUUACCACUGCAUCUUAA